CAUAUAACGUAACGCCUCUCUCCAAUCUCGACCAGAAGCCGGCGAUCGAUGGGUCUCGCGACGGUGAACGGAGAUUCCCAGGCGUCCGGCCUCAGGUUCCUCAUCUACGGACGCACCGGCUGGAUUGGCGGCCUGCUGGGCCGGCUCUGCGCCGACCGCGGCAUCACCUUCGCCUACGGCGCCGGCCGCCUAGAGAACCGCGCGCAGCUCGAAGCCGACAUCGCCGACGCCGCCCCUACCCACGUCUUCAACGCCGCCGGGGUCACCGGCCGCCCGAACGUCGACUGGUGCGAGACCCACCGCGCUGAGACCAUCCGCGCCAACGUCGUCGGCACCCUCACCCUCGCCGACGUCUGCCGCGAGCGCGGCCUCAUCCUCAUCAAUUAUGCCACCGGAUGCAUCUUCGAGUACGACGAGAAGCACCCUCUCGGCUCCGGCGUCGGGUUCCUGGAGGAGGACACGCCCAACUUCGUCGGCUCCUUCUACUCCAAGACCAAGGCCAUGGUAGAAGAGCUGUUGAAAAACUACGAGAACGUUUGCACGCUGCGCGUCCGAAUGCCCAUCUCAUCAGACCUAACGAACCCUCGCAACUUCAUCACGAAAAUCACCCGCUACGAUAAGGUCGUCGACAUACCCAACUCCAUGACCAUCUUGGACGAGCUCUUGCCUAUAUCGAUCGAAAUGGCAAAGAGGAACCUCACUGGUAUAUGGAACUUCACCAAUCCAGGAGUCGUCAGCCACAAUGAGAUCCUGGAGAUGUAUCGGGACUACAUUGAUCCGGAAUUCACCUGGAGAAACUUCACCCUCGCCGAGCAGGCCAAGGUAAUAGUCGCCCCGCGAAGCAACAAUGAGCUAGAUGCAACCAAACUGAAGAAUGAGUUCCCUGAGCUUCUCCCAAUCAAGGAGUCACUGAUCAAAUAUGUCUUCCAACCAAAUAAGAAGACACCCAUCACGCCCUAAGUCGAUCUCCAUUCUCUUAUUUUUCCCGUCUUUGUCGUUCUAGCAUUCUUCAAAAAAUAAAGUGUGUAAUGGAGGUUUAAUUAUGGCUCAUAAAAUGAAGAUGGAAACUCUAACUCAUAUCGAAACUUUUCAAACCAUUUCAAUUUAAUCCUUUUUUUAGAUUUUUUUUUGUUAAAGAAAAGGGAAAAAGUUUAGAAUGUUUAAAGAUCAAGUGGGAUAAAUGCUCACCUCUCUCGGCUCGAGUGAGUCCCCUUCUUCGCCACUACGAACCCUACGGAUAGUGAAGAAGCGUUGCGGAUUCGACGACAAAGUGGCCUCCUUCCAGGCCGUCACCGGUCUCGAGGACUCCGAUCUCUGCACCGAGAUCAUCUCCGCCCAUAAUUGGGAUCUGGAGCUCGCCAUCCCCUCUUUCACCUCGAAUGGCCCUUCAUCCUCCGCCCCCGGCCUCGCUUGGAGGAUCGCUACCCUCCCCUUCUACGUCGUCUCCGGCGCCGUCGGCCUCGGCUUCUGGAUCGCGGUCGGAUUCUCUCCCGCACCGUCGGCCUCCUCGCCGCGCCACGCGGCGCCGAGGCCGUCCGCCUGAUCCCCGUCUCAGCCUCCACGGUCGAGGCGGCGGACUUCGUCGCGGCCUUCGAGAGGGAUUACCCUGCCGACACCGGGCCUCGCUUAGCGGCGGAGGGGUUCAUGGACGCCCUACUGCGCGCGCAGCGCGAAUUCAAGUUGAUGAUCGUGUACCUGCACUCCCCUGAGCACCCGGAUGUGCCGGCCUUCUGUCGGUGAACCCUGUGCUCGUCCCUGCUGUGGCUUGUCUAACUGAACAUUUUGUGGUUUGGGGCGGGAGCAUAAGGAGAGAGGAAGGAUUCAAGAUGAGUAAUAGCCUCAAGGCCUCCCGGUUUCCCUUCUGCGCCAUAGUCGUCGCCUCCGACAACCAAAGAAUUUCUCUCCAUCAGAUUGAAGGCCCUAAGACACCUGAUGAAAUGCUUACAUUGCUUCAACGUGUAGUUGAAGAACGUGCUCCAUCAUUAAUUGCUGCAAGACUAGAAGCUGAAGAGUGGUGAAACAAUCAUCGUGUUUACGGGAAGAGCAAGAUGCUGCAUAUAGAGCAGCACUUGAGGCUGAUCAAGCAAGAGAGCAUCAACUGAAAGAAGAAGAGGGGUUAAAGAGAGAGGCUGAAGAAGCUGAAAGGAAAUGUAA